AUGAGGAAGACAGGUGAGAUACUAUCUUCAGAUGGUAUCCCCUCGGGGCUCAUCACCCUGGAAGAUUCGCUACGAGUGAGUGCGACAAGUCCCUUCACCACACUCGACGACGAAAAAACUCACCAGACACUCGCCGGCCCCGAAGCCCUCUCCAUCCCGGCGAAUCUGAAGCGUGAGCCUGCCCUGUGGCCAGCAGUAUUCACGCUCAGCUGGGCAAUACUGCUUGCCCAGUAUGCAGGCUCCAAUCAGGUCGAACUGGAUGUUGACAUAAUUGAUUCCACCAUCAACAAUCCCGUCCAACAUCCUAUCAUCAUACCUACAGGCCCGGAUAACAGCAUCCAGAAUUUGCUCAGCACUGUCCGGUCAACUUUGCAAAGAGCCAAAUCCCCUGAUGCGCGACUCCCUGGUGAACCAAAUAUCGACCGCCAAGCAUUUAGGAGAGGCACAGUGUCCCUGGUGAUGGCAAGAGCUCAAACAGAAAAGCAAAUUCUCACAUCUGAUCUUGGGGAUAAGGAAGUUCUUCGGGUGAUGGUGAUUCCUGGCGCACGCGGAGGUCGGCACUUUAUUCAUAUCCACCAUUCCACGGGCAUUCCGGCCGAGCUGGGCUCGCGCAUCCUGCACCAGUUUGUCCAUGUGGCUCGCCAGAUCGCAGACUGCCCGACAAUUGACAGCGCGCAAAAUUUGGACAUGUUAACGAUGGACGACGAAGUCACGCUCAGCCGGUGGGCCACAACAUCGUUUCCGCCCAUAUCUCAGUGUUUUCACCAUUUGGUGGCUUCACAUGCCCAGACGCAACCAUCGGCCCCUGCAGUGUCUGCAUGGGAUGGCGAAUUGAGCUAUGGCGAGCUGGAUGCGCUCUCCAGUCAGGUCGCAUCGCAGCUCAUUCAGGGGCGGCUGCUCAAAGGCGCUAUUGUUCCGCUCCUCUUCGAAAAGUCCAUGUGGAUGGUGGUUAGCAUUCUCGCAGUCCACAAGGCUGGAGGGGCAUGUGUUGGCCUUUGCGCCAGUCAUCCAGACUCGUAUAUAAAGAGUAUUCUUGAACAAACUGGUGCGACACGCAUUCUCGCCUCCUCAGAGCAAGCGAGACGAUUGAAGAGCUUGGGCUAUACGUCAUGGGCAGUGCCUGCGAUCUGCGAAGAGCCAGUAGAACCUGUGAAUGGUGAUACACAGUCCCAGGUUACUAUAGCCUCGGAUGCACAUGAGUUGGCGUAUGUGAUCUUCACAUCUGGCAGUACCGGCAAACCCAAGGGGGUGCUGCUCACGCACGAAGCGAUAUCAACGUCUGCUUACUACCACGGCCUUGCCGUGAACGUGCAGCCCACAUCCCGCAUCCUUCAAUUUUCUUCCUAUGCUUUUGACAUGAGCGUGAUCGAAACCUGGUACGCUCUUGCCCGUGGGGGCUGUCUCUGCAUCCCCUCCGAAAACCAACGACUUUGGCAUCUGCCGGCUUUCAUCGCUGAGCACCGCGCAAAUUGGGCCUUCUUUACCCCAACCCUGCUGCGCGGCUAUCAGCCUACCGAUCUCUGCAGUCUGGACACCAUCGUGCUCGGUGGAGAAAACGUGACGCAGGAUCUCGUACGGCGAUGGGACUCCCAUGUUCGCCUCUUUGAUCUCUGGGGGCCUGCCGAGUCUGCUGGCGCAGCGGGGUGUGAGAUCGUGCGCAAUCAAUGGAUUUCAGGGACCUUUGGGCGUGGCGCGGGAUGCACUUUGUGGAUAGUACAACCAGCAGAUGUGGACCAGCUGGCUCCGAUUGGCAGCGUCGGCGAAGUGGUCAUCGAGGGCCAUAUUGUGGCGAUGGGGUACUUAAAUGAUCCCAUUCGCACAGCACAGGCCUUUAUCCCCCCUCCCAUGUGGCGACGCCAGUUUUUGCAUCCUGUUCAGGGCCGUUUUUAUAAGACAGGUGAUCUGGGACAGUACAAUGUGGAUGGAACCGUGCGGUAUAUCUCGCGAAAAGAUACCGUUGUCAAAAUUAAUGGUCAACGGGUUGACCUGGACGCGGUUGAGUCCGCCAUCCGCGCCCUUCUCCCCACCCGUCAAAUCGCUGUGGAUGCAGUUGUUCUACAAGGGCGAAAUGACCGAAAAGACCCAACUUUGCUGGCGUUCCUGGAAACGCCCUUGGGGGCGGAUUGGGGAGAGGCUGUGGGCCUGGGCAGCUUCCCCCGAAUCGAUGACCCAGCGGCAUGCAGUGCAGAGAGUGAUUGGCUUGGCCGUCAAUUGCGCCAGUCUCUGCCUCGAUUCAUGGUGCCAUUGUUCUUUAUUCCCCUCGUCGAGCUGCCCUGUGGGGCGACGGGCAAGGUUGACAAGAAGCGACUCCGAGCUUGUCUGACCGGUGUUUCACAUACAGCCUUGAGUGCCUGGCUUUACGAAUCGCCCGUCUUGUCGUCCAGCUCGUCGCCCGAUUACCCAACUCCAGUGGAAUCUCCACUCGACCCAGAAUUCCCCGAUCUUGGGUCAAACCGCCUCUUGGUGAACACGGUGAAAGCAGUGCUGGGCAUUGCCCCCGACGCUGCUGACCCGGACGUUCAUCGUUCUUUCCGUCAGUUAGGGGGUGAUUCCAUCUCCGCCAUUCAACUUGUCCGCGCAUUGGCUGAUCAGGGCAUCACCGUGCAACUCGACGGUCUCAUGUCGGCGGACUGGUCCUUGGCCGAAGUGGUGGAUGCUGUGCAUGCCGCGUCCCCCGCAUUAGUGGCUUUCCCCAAGCCGUUCGGGCUCUUGCCGAGCGGAAUGUCGGACGCGUUGGUGAACUCAUGGGUUGAAAGCGCCGCUCAGCAGUGUCAGGUCGCGCCCUCAGAAAUCGAAGACAUGUAUCCAUGCACUCCCCUGCAAGAAGGUCUCAUGUCUUACACCUCGGGUGUAGCUUCAGAUGCAUAUAUCGAUCAUUUCAUCUUCCACUUGCCACCGAAGAUUUCCCUUCAACGGGUCAAGGCAGCCUGGGUCCAGGCGGUGCAACAGCUUGGUAUCCUUCGCACAAGAAUUGUGCACAGCCCCUCCAGUCACACUUACCAAGCAGUCGUGCACGAAAAGGUCGUGCCAUGGGUUGAGCAUCCCACAGUAAGUAGUCUUCUGUCGCCAGACCACACAGUCGGCAUGGGUUUUGGGACCCGUCUCAUUCAGCUCCAUUGCGUUACCGAAGAGUCUGAGAAGGCUGUUCCUGAGAAAGACGAUGGUAGGGUGGUGGCAGUGACGAUCCAUCACGCAAUCUAUGAUGGCUGGACUCUUGCUUUGCUUGUGCGGUUGGUGGAGCAGGCCUACAAUGGAGGGAAGGACCAGCAGCCCCUCCCAUUCUCUGUCUUUGUUCAACAUAUUCAAUCACCGUGCACAAACGAAUUGAAUCCCGGUGAAGAUUCGAGGGUUCGCGCAGCCACCUUUUGGCGCGAAGAGAUGGCAGAUCUCCAGCCGUGUACGUAUCCCGAAUAUCCGAGCCAGGACUACACCCCUCGUGCGAUGGCCUCCGUGCGCCGCAUGAUUCCUCAAGUGCGUUCAAGUCUAUCGUCAGACGCAUCGUCCUCCUAUCCAAGUAGCCCGACGCUGCGGCUUCGACUGAGCUGGGCUCUGCUUCUCUCCCUCUACAGUGGUUCGGACGACGUGGUAUUCGGAACUGUCGUCGACGGCCGUCGCGCCAAUUUGCGCGGCAUUGAGAAUAUUGCGGGUCCUACUCUCAGCACUCUGCCAAUUCGAGUUCGCCUUCAACCUGACCUUGUCGUAGACGAAGCCUUGAAAAACAUGCAUGAGUCCAUGAUGCGCAUGGUGCAAUUCGAACAAUUUGGCCUGCGGCAUAUCGCUCGCGCUGGCCCAGACGCCGCACAGGCAACGCGGUUUCGGACUAUGUUGGUUGUGCAGGCGGAUCCUGAUGCGCGUGACUCCCCGAUUCUGGGUCGCAGUGAGGUUCGUUUGGCGAGUAUGCAGGGAUUCUCGGGUUACGGCCUUGUUCUCAUAUGCCACCCAGAGUCUGAGGGCUGUGCAGCGGAGCUUCUGGUGGACGAAAAGUUGGUCUCGCUCGUCCAAGCGGAGCGAAUGUUGGAUCAGCUUGCCCAUUUGAUGCAUGAGCUGGGGCCACAGAAUGGGAGUCGUCAAUUACAAGAUAUAAACCUCCUCUGUUCUGCGGACAGAGCCCAGCUAUCUAUCUGGCAGGGCGGGCUCCCGCCCAGCAAUGCGCAAUGCAUACAUGAUUUCAUUGGCCAGGCUGUCGCGACGACGCCACAGAAAUUGGCGAUUUGCGCGUGGGAUGGCGAUCUGACCUAUGCCGAACUAGAUGGGCUGUCCACGGCUGUUGCGAGAGACCUUCGAGCGCAGGAUUCCCAUCUGCCUCCAGGCGAGGGAGUGAUCUGUCUGCUUUUCCCUCGCUCCCGCUGGGCGCCCGUCGCCAUGUUGGCAGCCAUGAAAGCCGGCAGGCCUUUCGUCCUACUCGAUCGUGAGCAGCCCCUGGAACGACACCUUCAAAUAUGCAAGAAAGUUGGGCCAAUUCGGAUCUUGGCAGGUGAAGAGACUCGAGUUCAAGCGCAGGGUUUGGUGGACUCGGUUUACGUGGUUGGGCAAGAUGGAGUUCAUUCCAACUUCAUGUCUAGAUAUGACGCCCCAACAGGCCAUGUUGCUGGCUCGGGUUGCAGGGGGCCAACAAGCGCUGACAUCGCGUACAUCGUCUUUACGUCCGGAUCCACGGGUGAGCCGAAAGGGGUUAUGAUCGAGCAUGGUCAAUUUUCUUCGGCGGCGAAAGCCCAGCAACAUCAUCUUCGAAUCAACAGUGAAUCCCGUGUCCUCCACCUUUCGUCGUAUUCUUUCGACUCCUUCGCCGUGGAGAUCCUCACCGCGUUGUGCAGUAAUGCUUCUGUGUGCAUUCCCUCCGAUGCGCAAAGUCGCCACGAGAUCGCUGCAGCUGUGCAACAAUUUGCGGCCACCUGGAUGGUUAUCACCCCGUCGAUGCUGCGGCUUCUCGACCCCCAUGAAGUUCCCACCCUCCGCACUUUAGUCGCUGUGGGUGAAUCGUUGCCCCCAAGCCAAGCCGCAAACUGGGCGUCACGCGUGCAUCUUAUAUGCGGCUACGGGCCAACAGAAUGCUGUACGGGCGCAUCAGCGCAGCCAAUAAGCUCUCCCUCCGAUCUGGAAGAUAAACUGACUGUUGAUGUCCGCAACAUUGGCACCGGUAUGGGAGCGCGUCUUUGGCUGUCACAUCCAAAUGAUGUUAACCGAUUGGUCCCAGUUGGCGCUGUAGGCGAGAUUCUUAUUCAGGGCCCAAUUGUCGGUCGAGGGUAUCUUCACAGUCCCGAAAAGACCAGCACGGUCUUUCUGGAAACAACAGCUUGGCUGCCCUCCAUCGGCACAGCCACAGAUCACAGGUUUUACCGGACUGGUGACCUUGGACGGUAUAACGAUGAUGGCAGUUGUACGUUCUUGGGCCGUAAGACUGAGCAGGUCAAGCUCAAUGGCCAGCGUCUGGACCUGCCUACUGUUGAGGAUUGUCUUCAUCAUGCCUUUGGUUCUCAUUGUACCGUCAUUGCGGCCGUCAUCCGGCCAAAGAAUCCAGAAUCACACCCAGUCUUGGUUGCGAUGGCACAUCUUGGUGAGAACAGCGCGACCGAGGAACCCUCUUCACCCGCUUUCCACAACAGCCCGAGUCAUCCUUUCCGGCCCCGGCACUCGGCCGCUUUCACCCAAACCGCGAUCCGUGCGCAGGCGGCUCUGCACCAAAGCUUACCCCCGGUCAUGGUACCCUCGGUAUUUCUCGAAUUACCUGCCGUACCUCUUCUGGCCUCCGGGAAGGCCAAUAGACCCGCACUGCAGCGCGCCGCAGCGUCCUUGACUAGCCAUAAGCUUGCUAUGAUGGGCCAGCUGGGCCUUGAAGCCAAUGAAGAGCAGCUGAGGGGUCCCGACGAAGAAAAUGUCGCCUGGAAAUUGUCCGUGUGGGUGGCGGAGCUCUCUUCGAAGAAUUCUGCGCAGUCUGACAAUCGCGUCAUUGGCCGCAAUGUUACCCCGUCCAGGCAUGGUCUUGACUCCAUCGAUAUGGUGGCGUUGGCUCGUCGCAUCGCCAGAGAAUAUGGCCUCACAAUCCCGACGACAGUGCUGUUCCGGAGUACGACCACCGUCCGCACGAUUGCAGAGAUGGUACGUGCUCCAGAUUUCCAGCUCCAGCCGCUCUCCGCACCUUGGCAAGACUACAAGCGUCUGCUGAAGGUUCUGAGUCAGUUCCCAGUUCUCGAUCGUACUGUUUCUUCACCUUUCUGUCUCUCUUCGCGCCACUGCCGAAGGGUUUUUCUCACUGGUUGCACUGGGUUUUUGGGCACGCGCAUCCUUCAGCAGCUGGUUGCAGAUCCAGAGGUGCUGUCAGUCACUGUUCUUGUUCGUGGUAGCAACGAGCAAUCGGCGCUUUCGCGCCUCGUUCAAGCUGCCCGUCAAGCACAAUGGUGGCGAGACGAAUAUUUUCGGGUCAUCCACGUCUGGGUGGGCGAUCUGUGCCUUCCCCAGCUCGGUCUCUCUGACGGACAAUGGAGGAUUCUGUGUGGUCGCGCGACCUGUCCAUCGGGUUCUGGAGUCGAAUCCGGAUUCAAUACUAUCAUCCACAAUGGGGCAAAGGUGCACUGGGUCCGAGACUAUGAGGCUCUCCAACCGAGCAAUGUUCAGAGUACGUUCGAGCUGCUCCGGGCUGUUGCCACCAACAGGAACAUCACCCGCUUUCUGUACGUCUCAGCCCUACGGACAGGUGAAGAGCAUCUGCUGGCGCCGAUGACCCCAGGCGAUGAGAUGGCGCGCACCCUUCUAGCGAAAGAGGAGGCCGGAUACAGUCAGACGAAGCUGGUCUCCGAGCUGCUCGUUCAGCGGUUGAUGAUGGGGACGGUCACUGACGGGGUCGCGAAUCUCGACGAUGUCAUCUGGCGCACCGUAUCCGCUGCGCGCGCUAUCGGCGGAUACAAUGCGGAUGAAGAAGACAGCUGGCUCUACAUAGCCCCCGUCGAUUGGGUUGCCGCUGCGGUUGUGCAGAGCGCGCUUCUUCCCUGCAUUGCAUUAGAGAAUACCACAGAUGGUCUUGAUGUGAAGCGCCAGUCGCAGCUACAGCACCCAAUUCAGCCGAUCUCGAUUCUCGACGGGCUUCGAGUGCGGGAUUUUUGGCACGCGGUCAACCAGGCAUUCGUCGAGACUUUACGUCCCAUGAGUGCCCGCGAUUGGAUGGUCGGCAUGCGAGAAUCCAUUCAGAGUGCCGGGGAGCAGCAUCCACUUUGGCCGGUGGUGGAAUUCCUGGAGGCCACUGCGGGGAGCGUGGGAUCAGAGUCGCGAGACGGGCACCCAAGUCUACCUCUGUCAAAUUAUGCUGCCCACAGUAUUAUGCAGCAAACGGUGGCAAGGAAUGUCCGGUACCUGUCCUCGGUGGGAUAUUGGGAGUCGGGAGCCGAUGGAUCGGCACUGGUGAUGGAGAAUGUGUUCCGCCGGGGAUGA